UGGUCCCGUGGGAGUGUGUAUUAUUUCCAUUGAAUAAUUGAGUUUGUAAUUGUUACAAGUCCAUUCUAAUUUCCAACACCUUACUUCAUUUCAAAAAUAUAGAUUCAUUGCUUACUCACAUACUCUAUGGCUGAGGCUUUCCUUCAAAUUAUGUUAGAGAAUCUGAAUUGUUUCAUCCAAGGGGAACUUGGAUUGGUUCUUGGUUUUAAGGAUGAGUUCGAAAAGCUUCAAAGCACGUUUACUACAAUCCAAGCUGUGCUACAAGAUGCUCACAGGAAGCAAUUGAAGGACAAGGCAAUUGAAAAUUGGUUGCAAAAACUCAAUGCUGCUGCAUAUGAAGCUGAUGACAUCUUGGACGAAUGUAAAACUGAGGCACCAAUUAUACAGAAGAAGAAUAAAUAUGGGUGUUAUCAUCCAAACGUUAUCACUUUCCGCCACAAGAUUGGGAAAAGGAUGAAAAAGAUUAUGGAGAAACUAGAUGCAAUUGCAGCAGAACGAAUUAAGUUUCAUUUGGAUGAAAGGACUAUAGAGAGACAAGUUGCUACACGCCAAACAGGUUUUGUUUUAAAUGAACCACAAGUUUAUGGAAGAGACAAAGAUAAGGAUGAGAUAGUGAAAAUCCUGAUAAACAAUGCCCAACAACUUUCAGUCCUCCCAAUACUUGGUAUGGGGGGACUAGGAAAGACGUGUCUUGCCCAAAUGGUCUUCAAUGAUCAGAGAGUAACUGACCAUUUCCAUCCCAAAAUAUGGAUUUGUGUCUCGGAAGAUUUUAACGAGAAGAGGUUGAUAAAGGAAAUUGUAGAAUUUAUUGAAGGAAGGCCACUACUUGGUGACAUGGACUUGGCUCCACUUCAAAAGAAGCUUCAGGACUUGUUGAAUGGAAAAAGAUACUUGCUUGUCUUGGAUGAUGUUUGGAAUGAAGAUCAAGAUAAGUGGGCUAAGUUAAGACAAGCCUUGAAGGUUGGAGCAAGUGGUGCUUCUGUUCUAACCACUACUCGUCUUGAAAAGGUUGGAUCAAUUAUGGCUACAUUGCAACCAAAUGAAUUGUCAAAUUUGUCUCAAGAAGAUUGUUGGUUGUUGUUCAUGCAAUGUGCGUUUGGGCACCAAGAAGAAAUGAAUCAUAAUCUUGUGGCUAUCGGAAAGGUGAUUGUGAAAAAAUGUGGUGGUGUACCUCUAGCAGCUAAAACUCUUGGAGGUAUUUUGCGCUUCAAGAGAGAAGAAAGACAGUGGGAACAUGUGAGAGAUAGUGAGAUUUGGAAUUUACCUCAAGAUGAAAGUUCUAUUCUGCCUGCCCUGAGACUUAGUUACCAUCACCUUCCACUUGAUUUGAGACAAUGCUUUUCAUAUUGUGCAGUAUUCCCAAAGGAUACCAAAAUGGAAAAGGAAAAUCUAAUCUCUCUCUGGAUGGCACAUGGUUUUCUUUUAUCGAAAGGAAACUUGGAGCUAGAGGAUGUAGGUAAUGAAGUAUGGAACGAAUUAUAUUUGAGGUCUUUUUUCCAAGAGAUUGAAGUUAAAUAUGAUCGAACUUAUUUCAAGAUGCAUGAUCUCAUUCAUGAUUUGGCAACAUCUCUAUUUUCAGCAAGCACAUCAAGCAGCAAUGUCCGAGAAAUAAAUGUAGAAGGUUACCUACAUAUGAUGUCCAUUGGUUUCACAGAAGUGGUAUCUUCUUACUCUCCUUUGCACUUGACAAAGUUUGUCUCAUUGAGGGUGCUUAAUCUAAGUUCCAUAGAACUUAAGCAGUUACCGUCCUCCAUUGGAGAUCUAGUGCAUUUAAGAUACUUGAACCUGUCUGGCUCUACGAUGCAUAGUCUUCCAGAGCAGUUAUGCAUGCUUCAUAAUCUGCAGAUUCUUGAUCUACAUGAUUGCUUCUCACUUUCUUGUUUGCCAAACAAAACAAGCAAACUUUGUAGUCUCCGAAAUCUUUUACUUAAUGGUUGUUGUGCAUUGACUUGUAUGCCACCAAAGAUAGGAUCUUUGAGAUGCCUUAAGACUCUAAGUCACUUUGUUGUGGGAAGGAAGAAAGGUUCUCAACUUGAUGAACUACGAAACCUAAAUCUCUAUGGAUCAAUUUCAAUCACACAACUAGAGAGAGUAAAGAAUGAUAGGGAUGCAAAAGAAGCCAAUUUAUCUGCAAAAGCUAAUCUGCAUUCUUUAAGCAUGAGUUGGGAUAUCAAUGAACCGCGUAGAUAUGAAUCAGAAGAAGUUAAAGUGCUUGAAGCCCUCAAACCACACCCUAAUUUGACUUCUUUACUAAUCACUGGCUUCAGAGGAUUCCGUCUUCCAAAGUGGAUGAAUCACUCAGUUUUGAUAAAUGUUGUCUCUAUUGCAAUUAAAAGUUGUGAAAACUGUUCAUGCUUACCACCCUUUGGUGAGCUGCCUUGUCUAGAAAGUCUGGUGUUACAUGAGGGGUCUGCUGAGGUGGAGUAUAUUGAUGUUGAUUCUGGAUACACCACAAGAAUAAGGUUUCCAUCUCUGAGAAAACUUAUUAUAGACAAAUUCCGUAAUUUGAAAGGUUUGUGGAAAAAGGAAGGAGAAGAGCAAUUCCCUGUGCUUGAAGAGAUGGAGAUUGAACAGUGCCCUGUGUUUGUUUUUCCGACCCUUUCUUCUGUCAAGAAAUUGGAGCUAGUUCAUUGGGACAAAGCAGAUGCAACAUGUUUCAGGUCCAUAUCUAAUGUUAAUACUCUUACUUCCCUCAGCAUUAGCAGUAACAAAGUUACUUCACUCCCCGAAGAGAUGUUCAAAAGCCUUGAAAAUCUCAAAGACUUGGAAAUCUGUUUCUACAACCUCGAAGAGCUGCCUAGCAGUCUGGCUAGUCUCAAUGCUUUGAAGAUUCUGGAACUUGUAUCUUGUGGCGCACUAGAGAGUCUUCCUGAGGAAGGGGUGAAACGUUUAACUUCACUCAAGGAGUUGAGUAUUUAUGACUGUAAGAAGAUAAAAUGUUUACCCGAGGGAUUGCAGCACCUAACAGAGCUCACAAUUUUAAGAAUUAUUCAAUGUCCAGAACUGACAAAGCGGUGUAAGAUGGGAAUAGGAGAAGACUGGCACAAAAUUUCUCACGUUCCGUAUCUGAGAAUAUAAUCGUAAGUAGUAUUAUUUGUAAUUGUUUCUAGGGUUCUUUGUUGUUGUUCUUAAUCUAAGUAAUCAAAACUUGACCAAUUACCUACCCUCUUCAAUUGCGGAUCUGGUACAUUUAAGAAACCAGGACCUGUCUCGCAAUAUAUUUCAUAGUCUUCCAGAGAAUUUAUGCAAACUUCAAUUCUGCAGA